CAGAGGAGGCGGUGGCGGCUGGACUGGGACUGUCGAAGAAUCAAGUAAAUAGAGAACUUGGAAUCACAACGGUUAGCUCGGCCGUGACGUCACCGGCUUCAACAGGGAGUCUGUGACGAGAGGCGGGAAGGCGUUGUGCGGAAAGAACUGCCGCUAGAAACGAGCUGCGGGCAACUGUUGGAUGCCAUAAGUGCGAAAAGUCGGCACAUAUCGAUGUCGUGCCAGGACUAGCCCGGCUUGGAACAGGAAGGGGUUAAGGCCAGAGUUGUUGUGAGCUUUUGGCAGUCUAGAGAGGGGGGCUCCUCUGGUGACUGAGGCCGCAGCCAAUCACUUGCCUCCUUCCCUUCCCCCCUCUCAUCUCCCUCCUCCCCCUCCCAGGAGCGGUGCAGCUGAGGAAGGCGAGAGAAGGAGCACUUCACAGAGAAUAUUUCUCCUCCUCCUCCUUAUCCCGGGCGUAGUGUGCAUGUCAGAAGCCGGACUUCGCUUUAGCCAAGGCGGAGGGCGCCGCCGCCCAGCUCCCCGAGGCUGAGUACCCCCCCCCCCCCCCCACUUGCUGCACCCCUGGAACACGCUCAGCUCCGAGGCGGGGAGUGCACGUUCUCACUGGAUUUGAGCGGCUUGAUCUUUAUUGCUAUGUCAUCCGCCACGGUGGCCGCCUCCCGGAGACAGUCGUGUUACCUGUGUGACCUGCCCCGCAUGCCAUGGGCCAUGAUCUGGGACUUCACGGAGCCCGUGUGCAGGGGCUGUGUCAAUUACGAAGGCGCCGAUCGCAUAGAGUUUGUUAUCGAGACGGCCCGACACCUGAAGAGGGCCCACGGCUUCCAGGAUGGCCGGUCCCCGGGGCCGCCGACCUCCUCCUCUUCCUCUACUGCGUCGUCUGUUAAGCCGCAGCUUACCGCCAAGGAGAUGGCGCAGAUUGGACACACGGUGGGGGGCCCAGAAGGCAUCUCGCGGGCCUCUCAGCAGCCCCCUCCACCGCAGUGCCUAGACCGCUACCCACUGGUCUCUGAAAGGCCGCCGCCCCGCCUAGGCUCGGAUUAUGGCGUUGGGCGGCAAGUCAAUGGGAUCCUUCUCCCUAACGGUUUUCCCAAGCCCGACGAGCCGCCUGAGCUCAACCGCCAGAGCCCCAACCCGCGCAGGACUAGCGCCGUGCCCUCUCUGGGUGCCCUGAUGAACGGAUCACCUAUGGGCGGACGGGCUCCUCCUUUAGGGAUCUCGGCCUCCUUGGUAGCUGCCGCCACCACUUCUGCUGAUAUGGGCAGCAAGCGGCCGGGCUCUGUAUCCAGCAGCGAGCACGAUGCCAAGGAGAAACACCGGGCUGAUAGCUACUCUGAUCUGGGAGACAACCACAAGGGGAGGGCAGAGGAAUGGAUCAACAAGCCGAAGACGGUCAGGGACACGCUGAUGGCCAUGCAGCACAAUCACUCUCCAUUUGACGCCAAAUUCAAGAAGGAUCCGGGCGCAGGGAGAGUUCUGGGCUUUGAUACCAGCAACCCGGCUUCGAAAUCUGGUGCCCGUGCAGCACGAAAGAGAAAACCUUCUCCAGAGCCAGAAGGAGAAGGUGGUUCUGUUAAGAUAAAUGGUGAUGGACAGUCAUGGCUGCCAGCAGCUGAUGGUCUUAAAAUUUCUCCAAUGACUAGUACUUCUUUCAUAUCUCCCCCUUCUACUGUCUCUCCUCAUUCCAACCAUACUACACCACCAGAAGCUGCACAAAAUGGCCAGUCACCAAUGGCUGCUUUAAUAUUGGUGGCAGAUAAUGCUGGUGGCAAUCAUGCUUCAAAGGAUGCCAACCAGGUUCAUUCUACAACUAGGCGAAACAGUAACAGUCCACCAUCCCCUUCCUCUAUGAACCAAAGAAGAAUGGCUGCAAGGGAUGUGCCAAGCCAACUUUCUAGUGGAGGAACAUCAUCUCAUGCAGGAAUGGAACAGGUGCACCCCCCAAGCAUUCCUGAUUCUUCCAUACCAAACAGUAUACCAUUGUGCUGCACUCUUUGUCAUGAGCGUCUGGAGGAUACACACUUUGUACAGUGCCCUUCAGUACCUACUCACAAAUUUUGUUUCCCAUGUUCAAGGCAAAGUAUUAAACAGCAAGGAUCAUCUGGAGAGGUGUAUUGUCCAAGUGGGGAAAAAUGCCCCCUAGUGGGAUCAAAUGUACCGUGGGCCUUCAUGCAGGGAGAAAUAGCUACAAUUCUUGCUGGGGAUGUAAAAGUGAAGAAGGAGAGAGACUCUUGACUUUUUUUUUUUCUUUGCUUCGUAGCCAACAUAUUCUCUCUUA